UGGACAGAGCUGGCUUGAGUCAUUCAGCAGAUCAGUGGCAUGGCCAGGAGCAGAACCCAUGCCUUCUGCCUACAAGUCCAGUACUCUGUCCUGUAGCUUCUGCCUCUUCCCUUCCCCAGAGCUUCAGCAUGUAAAGAACAGAGGUCACUGCAUUAUUGUAAAGCACAGUUUCAAUUUGAGACUAAGCAGUACUGGGCAUGUAUUUGGUGAAUAAGAUUUUGAGAUUGCAGUUACUUUUCUUUUGUGUUCACCUUAGGUUGUUAAAGAUAAGCUGUGGAUUCCAGAUGAGAGUGAAUGCCUUGGAGUGAAAGGUAUAGGAUUGCUGCUGGUAAACAGAACAAACGAAGACCAUGACUUGCUUUUGACUUCUGCAGCACCAGACAUUCAAUGGAGCCAUUCCUUAUUUGUCUUGAUACCCUCAUGGACAAAGAAGAUUUUGUUCAAACGAGAGUCUUCCAUUAAUCAGCAGUUGCCUGAAGAUGUGCCAAGAACUUCUGUCUCUUCUGGGUAUGGAGUAACUUUUCAGAAAUGUGCGGUGGUUGCCACUCGGCAUGACCCCCAAACUGCGCAUGUUAGACUUCUGAUUAAUAACACCAACAUGCCAUCCACAGCUAAUCUCACAGAUCUCAUCCUGCUGGACAAUGUUACUGGCCUUCAUGUUAAAAAAAACAGUGGUAAUAAGACUGCAGAUGGGUUCCAGAUAUACAGGAGAACAUUCCUGCAAGGUGGAGAAUACUACUCAGUAGACUACGUUGCCCUUCUUGAUGUAAAAGAAACCUGGAAUAAUAAGAUAUUGACACUGCCUGCUAAACUGACCUUCAGGAGUACAUCACUGAAUAAAACACAGCUGAAUUCAUUGACAGCAUUACUUACCAUAACAGCAGAAGAGAAGACCAAGAUCUUGUACAGUUAUGGGAUCCAUGUUUCAGGCUUCUUCAUUGCUUUUGCUAUGUCGCUUGUUUUGACAUGUGCUAUUUUUUAUGCUGUUCAUCGAACACGAUUACUGAAAUGGAAUUUUUUACACAAAAAACAGGAAAUACAACGUGAUUCAAAUCAAGAUCACAAACUGGAACAUUCACCAUUUCAUUCAGGAGACAUCUUUAAUGAAGAUAAUCUUCUGAAUGAUCAAUUCAUUGAUAUACUGUCUUUUGAAGAGACUGGAAAGAUGCUUCAAGCUUUAGAAGACUUGGAGGUAGCAAACUUGACUCGGGCAGAUGCCAGUUUGGAGGCAUAUCGAAUGCAGAUGUGCAAACAGGUGAUUACCAUGCUGAUGAAGACCAUGGUUUGCAAUCGCAGCCUCUCUCCACCUGUAGAGAAAAGGAUGAGUUCAGUUUUCAAAAAGCAAUUUCUUAUAGUGGAGAAUGAGAUCCAGGAAGAAUAUGAAAGGAAGAUGGUGGCUUUGACAGCUGAAUGUAAUCUAGAGAGUAGGAAAAAAAUGGAUGCUCAGCAUCAAAGAGAGAUGGCUGCAAAUGAUGAGGCUGAAGAAUUAAUGAAGCAAGUGAAUGAAAAGUCUGCUAUAGAAUACAAAAGUCUUCUGGAUAAACUGCAUAAACUUGAGCAGAUUCAUAUGAAGAGGCUACUUUUGGUAAAGCAGGAGGAAUACUUUGCUAAGGCUUACAGACAGCUGGCUGUUUCCCAGAGAACAGAGCUUCAUAACAUCUUUUUUGCACAGAUAAAAAAUGCUAUUUUCACAGGAGAACUGAAAUUAGAAGCAGCUAAAGCAUUAGUGCAUGAUUACUCCGAGGUACAGGGGAACAUUGAAGAACUAAUGGAUUUCUUGCAGGCCAACAAGAAAUAUCAUCUGAAUAAAAGAUUUGCUUACAGGGAGUACCUAAUAAAUAAUAUACAGUUAUGGGAUUCACGGUCCUCUUCCCUCUUGAACACAGCAGCAAGCCAGAUAGCAAAUCUCAUUAAUAAAAUGGAAAGAGCUGGUCAUUUGUCUGAAAGUCAUUUGGGAAUCCUGCUGGACCGGGCUCAGGCAGAAGUUCGUUCUGUUGAACAGAAGUUGGAUCAUGGUUUGAGACAUGAAAAGCAAAAGCUUCACCAGAAGCUCAUUUUUAAGAGAAGAAGAGAAGUGUUGCAAAAGCAGAAAGAACAACGAAAGGAGCAGAUGUCAUUGGGAGAUGCUUUCAAAACCACUAAAGAGGUUAGCCACUACUUGAGGCAGUGGCAAAACCUUCUGAUUGAUCAGGCUGUUGAAUCUGAAGAACUUACUGAAAAGCUUGAUAAUAAUGCCAGUGAAGAACUAAAAGUAUUUCAAUUUAGUCUGACAGAGAAAGCGAUUGAGGAGCUUAAACACAUUCAGUAUGGAGUAAUUGUGCCAGAACUGUUAAAAUUCAGUGUGCCAAAGUCAUACUUGCUACAAGUUGUAGAGGAACAUAAAAAGGAGAUUGCCAUUAAGACUGAACAGCUUGAAAAAGAAGAACGUGACAAAAAUAUGGCCUUUGAAGAAUUGCUUCAGACUACCAGGAAAAAAGCAAACCAAGAGCUAGCAAACAGUAUUUCAGAACAAAAAAAAUUAAGGACCUGGGAAAAGUUAGUGUUCAUGAGACUUUUGAGUUUUCCUCUUUCAUUAUCAGAAGAAGAAUUGCUUAAUAUAAGACAAGAGUUUCACUGUUGCUUUUCUCAGAUGGACACUAACUUGGCUUUGCCCAAGAUACGAGCAAAAACACUGCUUCAGGUCUAUCAGUCAGAGUGGGUGGAAGCAGAGUUGUUGAAAGUGGACCAGAGCUUAACAGUACCUGACAAACAGCAACAGUCUAAGACCAAAAAGCAACGAUCCAAAAACAGAAAUAAGAUUGAUAACCUGAAGCAAUCUUUGGAAGAUAAAAUUCACAUCUAUGAGAAGUCAGUUGAAGAUCAACAUCUGAACAAGGUCCAGAAUGAGUUGCUGUUUGAAAAGGAGCAUCAGUUGCAUGCCCUGGAGAAUAAACUUGGAGAGUACAUUGCUGCUUUACAGUUCCAGAAGACUGAUAAAAAAUCCAAAACAUUAGAGAGAUAUACUGCCAUCAUAAGUGUACAAGUUUUGCUUCUGGAACAUCUAAGUGCAUCUAAAAUACUAUCGAAGUCGGAGUGUACCCAGAUUUUAGAGGCACACAGUCCUGAGAUUGAAGAGCUUGACAGAAAGCUGGAAUAUGAAAUGCUACAUAAGGAGUCAGCUCAACAUCAGCAGAACCUAAUAAAUAGGCAGAGAUGGAAUCCAGAUGGAUUUGGACUUUCAAGUGAAGUUGUAGAAAUUAAUGCAGGCAGACAACUGUCUACUUUGCUAAGUCAAGCCAUGAAUAAAUGUAACCAUUUAGUAAACCUACAUCAGCAAAGCUUAAGGGAAGAGCAAUGGAAUAACGUGGUGCUUGAAGAUCUUUUGGAGAAUAUAGAAAUGGACACAUUCUUGGCACUUUACAACCAGGAGCUCCAAUUGGCAGGUUAUCUAACCAAACUGACAAUGGUACCAGUAGGGAUAUUGCACAGACUGCUGAAGUUACUGCUGCCUUUAAGUUCACAGAGUGAACUUCUUUCUGUUCUGGAUUCAAUCAGUGAUAAGUAUUCAGAUGGCAUUAUUGAAAGUGACAAAAAUACAGAGGAAUCUGGCAGCUGUAGAAAGAGGAAGCACCAAGGGACAUGGCAAGCAUUAGAGAGCAAACUAAGAGAAGAUCUGAUAAGAAAAGGUUUGGAGAAGAUGCAUUGCACAAACAAGAGAAAAGAGAGCCUGAUAAAGAAACAGCAACUUGCACUUAUGGAAAGAGCAUCAUUCUUUCAUCUGGAGUGUUUGUCUAGUCACCAUUUUGUGGAAACUUCCGGCCAGUCCAAUUCACUCAACACUGCAACUGCAGAGGCCAUAGAGCUGCUUGGCACUGGGGAGAAGAUAUUUCUCUUCCGUGAUGAAGUAGAUCCAGUAUUUUGUUUGCAUAGUGCUGCAAAAAAAAAGAAAAAGAAUUUUCUCAAUUCCAAAAAGGCUGUUUUUGCAACCAUGGAGUGAUGAUGGAUGGAGAAAUCAACUGAGUGCAUCCAUGGGUGAAUUUUUCACUGUGCACUUUUCUGAAGAGCUAGCUAAUUAGCUCUGCAGUGAAGCAUCACAUUCUACGCAUGCAUUG